AUGUGGCGUUUGUGUGCAGAUGUGCGACGCGACGAGCGGUUUGUACAAGGAAACACGGGCCUGUUUGCAACAGAUCUCAAGCAGCGCCCAAGUCUCUUCAGCGCCGGGCAGUGUGCAACGCCCUACUUGUUGGGCCAGCCAUUGACGCUUUGUGCGACACACCCGAGCUCGUCCGCGAGUGCUGGCUGCUUCACGCCCGAGCAAUUGCUGCUGGACAAGAUUGUGCGCUUGGGUCUCGACCAUCGCUUUGCCGGCAGCCACGCGAGCCACCAGUUUGGUUUUGGUCUUUACUUGGCCGACCAUGCUGGCAAGGAGUCUAGGAUCCCAGAUCCGGUGUGGCCCUCUCGCUGUUAUCACGUCGUCGAGAUCAAAGCCUCGUACCCCGAUCCGGCCCUGCGCCCAGUAUUCUGGCCCAGCCUCUCGCUUGACGCACGCACGCCCCUCCUACCCAACGACCGUGCGUGCGUUACCGUCAACAUGCCAUUGACAUAUGCCACAUGCUUGGCCAUGGCCCUGGCCUCCGAGCCAAAGUCGGGCCUCACCACCAAGCGCCUCUGCGAAUGGAUGCUCUCCCACCCCGACGCCACCAGCGUCACCUCCCGCGCCUGCUGGCGGACCUCCGUUCGCCACUGUCUCUCCGAUUCCCCCGCCUUUUGGCACCCCACCCUCCAACGCACCUGGUUUUGCAAUCGCGAACACCUGCCCGUCAAUUCCCAAAAGGCCGUCGUUCUUCUCGACAAGGCCAAGGAAAGGUUUCCCACCUGCAGUACCAGGGUAAGUCGACCUCGCCCAGCCCUUCCGCUGGCCAUCGCCCACAGCAGCCCCGUCCCACAGUUGCCUCACCUACACCUCGCCACUUCCCCCUCGGUGCUGCAGCUCCUCGAAAUGGCCAUCCUUCGCAUGAUUAAACAAGACAUGCCCCUCGUCCUCAAUAACCUGGCCCAGUUUGGCCUCCCCGCCAUCAUCCAUGAACAAAUUCACCUUCAUCCUCCUCCACAACAACAACAGCAGCACAAGCAGCAACCGCGACAACCCCUCUCCAAGCACCAGCAACGAGCCUCCCAGUCCUCACCCUGCCAUCAGCAACUCACCAAUGCCAAUGGUGCCAACCGCACUCGCACCACCAGCGAAGCAGUCUCAGACAGCGCCAUCGGCAGCACAGUCGAUAGUGCCACGGGUUCCGCCACAGAAAGCGUCAGUGGAAAACAAUCCACCCGCACAACGCGCCGCGGCUCCCCAGCUCUUUCGACCACCUCUGGCAUCUCAGACACGCGCAACGCAACGCCCCAUCCACACCAACAUGCCCCUGUUCGCGUCAUCAUGCCUACCUCGGCCACCAACGUCAUGCUCGCUUUCCAGCAACAGCAACAGCAAUUUUACCAAUCCAUGAUGCAGCCUCCAAUGGGUCCCGUUCCCUUUGCCAUGCCGUAUCCUCCCAACGCCAACGGCCCUGCCUAUGCUGCUGCUGCUGCUGCCGCCGCCGCCGCUGCUGCUGCUGCCUGGCAUCCCAUGCUGAAAUGGGCCCCGGCCAACUUUUUCCAACAACCGGGUUGGCAAAAUAACGCAUGGGUCGCCCAGCCCUCCAGCUAA